GCGAGAGAAGAGGGCCGAGCUUUUGCUGAGUAACACCUGCCUCAGUCCAGUGGCGCACUUCUCAACCUUUGAGCCGGAGCAGGCAAGGCUCGCCCGUUGCAGGAGGUGAAUAGUUAAGUUUCGUUUAAGAAAGGAAUCGAGUCGGAACCAUGUCGGAGGAAUUUCAGUCUCCCUCUGUCUCGUCCUCCGUGCGUCUAGACGACAUUUUAGAAGACACUCGAAAUGAAGGUGCGGAGAAGGGCCCAGACGAUUUGCAACCUCUCAAGCCCGGGGCUGGCGACGCGCCCGUGGUCCCUCCCGUUGUCCCUGCAGCUCAGCCGGUCCCGGCGCCUCGGACUUCCGAGCCCGCAGAAAGCAACGAUGUCACCAGCGAUACAUGGCAGGACGACUCGCCCCCACUUCUACCCGCCAGAGGUCGGCCCGAGCCGGACUCCACCUCAGAGACUGGUGCAGCCACCGAGCUGGCGAGGAAGCGCCCAGAGUCAAUACGUUGCACUUUCUUGGAGCAGAAACUAGAUCAAAAAGACAAGCCCUUUUUUUCUCCUGCUGUGCAUGAAUAUGUGAUGCAGCCUGCAGACUUUUCUGUCGACUUGAAAGAUCAGCCAUCUGGUGAUGAACCUGUGGGCUCACAGGAUGCUGUACCUGUGCAUGUUGAACCUGUUCCUGUCUUCUCUAUGUCCUCUUCUUCUGAUUCUAUAACUGAAUUAACAAUGUCCACAAAAGCAGUGCAUGCGGAUGAUCUUGUGCAGACUGAAGUUCCUGCCAAUACAAUCUUGCCUUCAAUUUCUGAUUUUGUGGAGGAAACAGUGGAUAAACAAGUAGCAGACCAUUUAGAAAAAGUUCACUCUCAUGCUGAAAAAGCUGGAGAGAAGCUAGAAAUAAGCAAAUCAUCAGAGUUAGACUUGUCACUUUCUGUUGAUGAAUGCUCAUUACAGUCCACUGAACGUCAGUGUGUAGAGUCAAAGAAAAGUGAAUUUAACGGGACUACAUCUCUGUCUGAAGAAACCAUGCCAGAUCAAAAGACAACAGAUAAGGAAGGACUUGUGAAGGUCAGUAAGAAUGCAAAUAUAGAAGUUAAUUUAUCAAAUGAAAGGGAAUUUGAGUUGGGCCUUCAUUUAGGGUUAACAAAUGAGUGCAUUGCUGAGUCAAAAAUGGAUGCAUCACCCUUAAACAGAAUUGUUCAGAAAAAUGAAUACAUCCAGGACAUGGUAGCUUUUGAGGAACAAACAGAACCAACAGAUAGUGGUCUCAACUUUGGUUAUGGUGACACUUUAGAUAUAGAGAAAAGAAAUGAGCUUAAUUCUGGUACAUCUACCAAUCAGGUAGCUAUUACAGUUGAUACCAGUAAAUCCACUAUUGAAGAAAUUAAGUCGGAGAGUGUUGUAUAUCAAAGCCAGGAAGUUUUGAAGAUGCCACAUGAUACUGAAAAGCGAAUUUUGACUGAGGAAAGUGGGAAACUAGAUCAUGUAGUUGUGGAAGCCUUAGUGAAACAAUCAGAUGUGGAAGCCUUUGUCGAACAAGGUGCAAAGCAGUCUCCGACUGAGGCGUAUUUUGCUUUUUCACAAGUUCCCACAAGUGAACCUGAACCAUUAAUGACUUAUGCUACAUUUGAUUCAUCCAACAUGUUAGUGUCUCCACAGCCUAACCACUUCAGCAAUGAAAUGGUUUCUGCAUAUGAUGCAGCUGAUAGAGAAAAAAAUGAACUGAAUGGAACUUCAAAAUUGCCAUUACCUUUAACUGUCCUUGAAUCAGAACUGACCAAAAAGGUUGAAGACAAAGAAGCAAAAUUUGCCCCACUGGUAGAAGGUGGGUUGUUUCCAGAACCUAAAGUGGAGGCAACAUCUACUUCCAAAAUUAAUAUGGGGUUAUUUGGUGACCUUGAAGUUGUACCAGACCAGCAUAGAAAAACUCAUACUUUGGCUGAAGACAUAACUUCUAACCAAACAGCUCAGAAUUUAGCUCUGGACCAAUCACCAAGAACCUCUAAAACUGAGUUAUGUGAAGUGGCAAGUGUUGAAACAGCUGAAGAUUCCUUUGGCAUAGAAAUGAGGGAAUCUGUGCCAGAGCUACUCAAUCCUUUUGAACCACUGUCGUCUACCUUAGAACAGUGUGCUCUGGACACAACUGAGGAUGUACAAGGUUUAACUGAUGUGACAGUGAAAGCACCAAGUCGCACAGAUCCAGAAGGUCCUGAUGUUGCUCAGAAUGGAAGCAAAGAGCCAGCUGUGCAUGUUUCUGUACAUGGUGAUGCCAAUGACACUCUAGAGGGUACAAAAAUACAGUGUUUGUUUGAGGAACAGAAGACUAUGCCAAAUAGAGUUGAAGAUCCUAUAGUCAGUUCAGAACAAAUUCCAAUUUCUCAAGAAUCAGAUUUAACAGUGCACUUGGCUGACUCCAGUAAUAAACCAGUAAUCAAAAUUGAAGAUCUCUAUAAAAAGUCUGGAUACGAAGAAUCUGAUGUAUCUCAAAAUAUAAAUCAAUCAGUUAAUGAAUCCAGUAAACAAGACUUGAUAUCAAAUAAGAUCGUGGAAGAGAAAUACUAUCCUACAUCACUCACUCCAAAACAUGGAAUAUCAACUGAUACUUCUAUAAUGGUAAAAAGGCACGAUGUGGUUUCAUGCAGUGAAGUUAUUAGUAGCAAAUCUGAACCAAUUAUGGGAGCUCUGGGCAAUACAACAGUUGGAAUGAAACCUUUUGAAAAUAUAUUGACUGACUACAAAAAGAUUGAGCAACGUUCCCUCAAAACAUCACUACAAGAUCAAAUUGAAAAUCCCUUGCUGAUUAAAAAUGUAACUGAGGAUGAUCUGGCUGGCCCGGUAAAGGUUAUAGACAGAAAUGCAUUUGAAAUUAUGUUAAGCCAUCAGGAAGCUUGUGGAGAAUUACUGCCUAGUUCAAGCAUGAGAGAAAAAUGUGCUGUAAAAGAAUCUAAUCAUUCUUUGAGUGAAAAUAUUGGUACAUCAAUUCCACUUUCAGUGUUAAGUGAGAGUCUUUCAACUGUGGGCAGAGGGCUUCCUUUACAAAUUUGUGCUGAAGAGACCUGUUUGGAUAGUUCCCAGACAGGUACUUUGUCUGUCACUACUUCACAGGAUAAAUUUCCAGAAUAUGAGGCAAACCUUAGUGAAAUGAAAAGUAAAUCUGAUGACCAGUCAGAAAUAUUGGAGCAUGCACAGUUACAGAUAAUAGAUCCAAUAUUGCCAGCUGGUGCUUCAUUUCCCUUGAAUGAGGAAGUAACAAAGGCUUCAAAGGAGGUGGUCACAAAAGUUUUGGAAACCAGUGUUGCACUAGCUGAAAUGUUGGGAGAGAAGGAAGGAACAAGAGCAACAUGUAUGUCUCAGCAGGAAGCAGAUAUCACCACUAAUGUUCGAAUGGAUGACACAAGCAAGAAAAAUAUUCCUGUUGAAACGCUGGGGCUUGAUUUGACAGUAGCUGAAAGCACUGAAACUUCUAAAGAUUCUGCUGUCGCUGUUACUGCAGAUAUUUCACUAAAGCUGGACAAAAAUUCAGUUGUGGACUUGAUCUAUUGGCGUGAUAUUAAGAAGACUGGACUAGUAUUUGGUGCAAGCCUGUUCUUGUUGCUAUCGAUGACAAUUUUCAGCAUUGUCAGUGUAAUUGCGUACCUUGGCCUGGCAGUGCUUUCAGUCACAAUUAGUUUCAGGAUAUACAAAGGUAUUCUGCAGGCAGUGCAGAAGUCUGAUGAUGGUCACCCUUUCAAGGCCUGCUUGGAGAAAGAUGUUGCUGUUUCUGAUGAACUGGUACACAAGUACAGUGAUAUUGGACUAGGUCACGUCAACUAUGUGAUUACAGAAUUAAGACGGCUGUUUCUUGUUCAAGACUUGGUGGAUUCUCUGAAGUUUACAGUGCUAAUGUGGCUGCUCACGUACGUUGGUGCCUUGUUUAAUGGGUUGACUCUGCUGAUAAUAGCUCUGGUAGCAGUUUUCAGCAUUCCAGUUGUUUAUGAAAGGCACCAGGCACAAAUUGAUCAUUACAUAGGAAUAGCAAGCAAACAGAUUAAAGAUGUCACUGCUAAGAUUCAAGCUAAAGUUCCUGGACUGAAGAAGAAAACUGAGUAGUAUCCUGCACGGUUUCAUGGCAUGUUGUCUGCGGGACUGUUACGCGGUUGUCACAGGGAAGGUUGGGGAAAGAAAAAUAACCUUGGAACUGCAGAUUAUUUUACAUUGGGUAGUAACUGAAAUUGUUGAGCUGCAGUCAUGAUCUAUUAUAUCACAAAUACUAACGUAAGAAAUUUGAAUUCCGUUUAUUUAUCCGAUUUGGAACAGAGAACACUGGUUUGUAUUAAAGAUUUGAGAAGCUGUACAUUGCACUUGUCAGGGUUAGUGUCUUAUGUGUAACAAAUCAUGGUGCAGUAGGAGUUUUGAGUAUUCCCAUUCUCCACCUUACCCCCAGUUUGCACACUGUAGAAUCUAUGCUGUGAGGUUGUUGCAAAUUUCUAACCCUUGAUCAUAUUUACAGUACCAUUUUAGUGAUGAGGUCUUGCUUUUUCUUCACUGAAACCCUUUGCUGUAUUAAGGUUUUACUGUUUUAACAAUUACCCAGUUAGUGUUUCAUAAAGCUAUAGAGUUGAUUUCAUCAGCUCCACAGUGCUUGAUGGUUUCAGAGUUAACUGUAUUUUAAAGAUGAAUCCACUGUGCUGAAACAUGCAGAAUAUUACAUUAAUCAACAUUAAUGUACAACUCAUUUUUCAUUAUAGCAACAGUAUGAACAAAAGCAAAAAAAAUUAGCUGUACUGAUAUAUUUGUGGACUGUAUUCAAUGCUACAAAUAAAUGUAACUUUGAAAUUUCAAGCAUUAUCCGAUGCACAAAUGGGGCAAUGAACAUUGCAUUGUAAUUUGGCUCAGGCUUUUGUCUGAGGGAAUACAGUGUGGAAUAAAUAUGAAUAAAGCUUAUA